AUGUCUUCUUCGGAAAAUUCCUCCAUUGAAAUUCUAACAAAUAUUCCAAUUUAUCUUCAUCAAUAUGUAGCAACUAUUUUUUUUAUUAUUGGUAAUAUUGGAAAUUUCUUAAGUAUUUUCAUAUUUUUUAAAAAAUCUUGGAGAAAAAAUGUUUGUGUUUUCUAUUUCGUUAUUUGUCUUUUUAAUAAUACUAUUUUUAUUAAUGGAGCUUUAGUUGGAUCUAUUUUUUCACUUGGUUUUAAUAUUAAUGCACAAAAUUCAAGUGUUAUUUUAUGUAAACUUUUCUAUUAUAUAGCAUAUCUUGGUUCUACAUAUUUACCAUGUGUUCUGAUUUUUGCAUCGAUUGAUCGUUUAUUAAUAUCUUCUCAAAAUGUUGAUACACGUUUGUAUAGUUCAAAACGUUUAGCUUAUUUCUUUGUUUCUACAAGUUUAUUUGUCUUGAGUGUCUUCUCUUUGCAUAUACUUAUUAAAGUUAAUAUUCAACAAUUUUCUCCUUCUAUCUUUAUAUGUUAUUAUGAUCUUUCAAUAUCUUAUCUAAACUUUUUUAUAUAUUCAGCAUUAAUAAUGAGUGUUAUCGUGCCAUUUAUCUUGAUUAUUUUAUCAAUAAUUGCUUUUAAAAAUGUUCGUCAUAUUCGUACUAUUCCACGUCAACAACGUAGACAAAUUCGAUCAAUGAACAAAAAAGAUUUUCAAUUACUUCGUUGUUUAUAUGCUCAUAAUAUUGUGUACAUCAUUUGUACUAUUGUAUUGAUUGUGAGUCUAGUCUAUGGUACAACAAUAAGAUAUAAAGUACAAAAUCCAUUUGAUCGAACUGUAUACAACUUUUUGAACGAUUUUGGUAGUUUUCUUCAUUACAUUCCGUACUGUACAAGUUUCUUCAUAUUUAUCUGUUUUUCGAAAGCCUUUCGAUUGGAACUAAAACGAUAUAUUUACAAGAUAUGUGGCAAAGAUUCUACAACUGUACGCGAAGAAGAAAAUAAAGAAUUGCAAUUAUCAAGAGACAAUAAAGAAUUAAAUGUUGCUGUCAGUACUAUUGUUUUAGCUCAUUGA